AUGGCGAUAUCACGAAGUAAAAUAAAAUAUUUGUUCACAAAUGCAACAUUACAAUCAUAUUACCCAACAUCUGAAAUGUUUAAAGUCCCGCAUGCGGGAAAGGCCCCAAGAAUUUAUAAUGGCUUAGAUCCAAGGAAAGUUCAUGACUACCCAUGGAUCGAUAUGUUUAAAACACGAACAAAAAAGGAAACAGGAUAUCAGCAUGGGAAUUGGAGUGGCCCAUCUAUUCAUUCCAUGACACUAGAUGAAUUAGUUACUUAUUAUAAUAAUAAAGAUUAUAAGAAGCAUUUUACAUAUAUGCAAUUAUUUAAAGCGGGAUGGGGUCAAUUUCAAUUUUUGUUUCUUUUAGUUGGCUCAUUAGUAGCAACUGUUUUACCAAUAUUUGCAUUUACUAUGUAUUUGCAAAAAUUUGAGCCUCUAGAAGUUACUAUAGAUCCUGAGGAAUAUUACAAGCAUUUUUAUUGGCAUUAUUAUGGUGGAGAAAUUGAUCAUCAUGCUUUUUCACAAUAUCUUGAAGCUAGAAGAGCAGCUAGAUAUAGAAAUGCAGAUAUCAAUCCUAUUGAUUGGAUACCUCCUGAGUAUAGAAACAAAGAAUAA